AUGGAGUGCAGGGAGACAGGGAGCAAAUUUGGUGCUGCUUUCACACUGAAGAGUCUCAUGCUGAUGCCUCUGGAACACUUUUCCCUGGGGGCUUUGGACUGUGCCUUUGAGGGGACCACGAACUCUUGGCUGGAGGUCCAGCAAGCAGUGCCACAGGCACCCAGAAAUGGCCAUUCUCUGGGGACAUCCUCCCUGUGUGACUUAGAUGCUACUGCCACUGACUUGCCUCCUUUGCUGUUCCUUUCCCAGUCCUCAGUGUGCUCCAAGAUCGUCCAGCUGCUGGGCCAGAACGAGGUGGACUACCGCCAGAAGCAGGUGGUGAUCGUGAGCCAAGACAGCUUCUACCGGGUCCUCACCUCAGAGCAGAAAUCCAAAGCGCUCAAAGGCCAGUUCAAUUUUGACCAUCCAGAUGCCUUUGACAACGAGCUGAUCGUGAAAACGCUCAAAGAGAUCACGGAAGGGAAGACAGUCCAGAUUCCCGUCUAUGACUUUGUCUCCCACUCCAGGAAAGAGGAGACUGUGACCGUCUACCCUGCCGACGUGGUGCUCUUUGAAGGUAUCCUGGCCUUCUACAGCCAGGAGGUGCGGGAUCUCUUCCGCAUGAAGCUCUUUGUGGACACAGAUGCAGACACCCGGCUAUCCCGCAGAGUGCUACGAGACAUCAGUGAGCGAGGCAGGGACCUCGAGCAGAUCUUAUCGCAGUACAUCACCUUCGUCAAGCCUGCCUUCGAGGAGUUCUGUUUGCCAACCAAGAAGUAUGCCGACGUGAUCAUUCCCAGAGGAGCAGAUAAUGAAGUGGCCAUAAACCUGAUAGUGCAGCACAUCCAGGACAUUCUUAACGGCGGACUCAGCAAGCGCCAGAGCAACGGUCUCAGUCCAUCAACAGCAUCACUUUCAGUGUCUGACAGUGCUUCCUACCAUGGGUAUGGGCGCACUGUCACACCCUCCAGCCUGAGACCUGGUGGGUGA